UUCCCAUUUUCUCGUUUCUAUUUCAUUUGCAGCUCUUCAUCACAUCCUGCCCUAAAUACCUCUGCCUUUUCACUUCCCUCCCCCUCCAAUCCCAAAUCGUCUGUUUUCAAUCUUUCUUACGUGAUUUCUGACUCGAAUUAUUGAUCAGGUGAGAUUUCUGAAUCUGGAAUUUGAAAAUUCGGAAGGAAGGAAGGAAGGAAGUUUGAUUUCUGGUUAUGGCGGAUUUGCUGAAUCCUGAUGCGAAUUCUAACCCUACCCGCAAGCGGAGAAAAAUUGGGUCCGAAUACCCGCCCCGAACCACCGCCGAAUCGGGUCCGCCGCGGUGGCGGACGGAAGCCGAGCGACAGAUCUACUCCUCGAAGCUCGUCGACGCCAUCCGCCACCUCCGCCGCCCCGACUCCGUCGACUCCACCGGCCGCGCCAUCCGCGACGCCGCCGAUAAAGUGCUGGCCGUCUCCGCCCGGGGUAAGACCCGCUGGAGUCGGGCCAUUCUCACGGGCCGCCUCCGCCUCCGCCUCGCUCACAUCAAUAAGCGCCACCGGAAAGCCGCUAAACCGGCCGCCGCCGAUUCAAGGACUAAAAAACCGGCGCCUCAGAAGAAACUCCCGCCGCUGCAGAGGAAAGUUAAAGUCCUGAGCCGAUUAGUUCCCGGCUGCCGGAAACUCUCGCUCCCGAAUCUUCUAGAAGAGACGACCGAUUACAUCGCCGCUUUGGAAAUGCAGGUCAAAGCUAUGACUUACCUAACCGGCCUACUAAAUGGCGGCGCCUCCGCCUCCACCACCGCCGCCGCCGCCGGCACCUCGGUAGCCGAUCGCGACUAGCUCGGCUUAGUUUUUUUAUUUUUUUUUGGGAAUUAUAUAUAUUUUUUAUGUGAAAUUUUUUAAUUAAAAGCUUAUAUUAAUAAUUGCGAAGGUUUAUUUCAAUAUUAUUAUUAUAUAAUAGCAUCUUAAUAUUAUAAUGUAAUUUUUUCGCCGCCGCUCUCUCAUUUAUUUUAUUCUUAAAUGAGUAAUUAUUCUCACUUUUGUAUGUCUUCAUUUUACAUUU